AUGCUGAAUUGGGUUAGCAUAGCGACGCGUCGUAGCGCGUGGCUAUCCACAGCAGCAUUAAAAACAGCAGCGUGCGCCAAAAAGUCAACAUUGGCCACAACAAAAAAAGCAACAGCAACGAUAACGACAGCGCAGCACAUGCUGACCUCCAAAUCAAGAUCAAUCAAUUCUGCCAUCUGGCUGCUAGCAACACUGUACAUAAUAGCCGCAUUAGUGCAGGCGACAAAUGGAUUUCAGCCAAUUGAUACGAAUAAUAGCGAGGGUCGCAAAUUGUUCGGUGGCUAUCGGAUAACGCCAAAACAUUGUCGUGCCACCAAAACACUCGCCAUGAAUGACCCCCGCAAAAAUGGACCCACGAUCUGUAUGUUCAAUCACGAGUGUGCGCAGCGCAAUGGCGAAGUGGUGGGCGCCUGCAUGGACGGCUUCCUCUUCGGCGCGUGCUGUCAAAUACCCAGUGAGCAGGAUCUCGAAAGUACGCUGCUGAACGACGCACAGAACUCGUACUACCAACAGCAUCAGCAGCAGAAACUUCAAGAAGAGUAUGGAGGCGCAAAUCAAGCGGUCGCACAAUCAUACGAAACCUACGGCGAAAGUCAACAGCAACAAUCCCAAGAGACCAAAUACACGCCGCCGACAUUCAAACCAAAACAAAAACCCAAACCAAAGCCACAGCCACCGCGCAUACAGAAGCCGCAGCUACCCCAACAGCAGCAGCAGCAGCAGCAAAAAUAUAAACCACAACUGCCGAGACCCAUCUAUGGCGGUGGUGGCGCAGGGAAUGCCGACUCUGUGGAGGAGCUGAAACAACCUCAGAAUGGUUACACACAAAUGAAUAUCGAUAAGGUUUAUCAGCAGUUGGAGAGCAGCAGCAGCAGCAGCAGUAGCGCGAAUGCGAACACCUACCAAGCGUUGCAUUCUCAGCCAGAUGAAGUGUCGAGUAACAAGUACCCACAAUCACAGGAAUCAGCACCUAACACAAGCACCCUGUAUCUGAUGGAGUCGCUGGAGAGUGCACAGCACGAAAGUCGGCCGGUGGUUGGUCCCACUGCUUCCUACGAUGAGCAGCCGCUAUUCAUGCAAGGAGAUAGCCAGCAAAUGGAUAGCCAACAGCUCGAGAGUCAUCUACAAGAAGCCUCGAUUGAAGCCUCACAACAGUCCGAACAGGUAAAGGUUGUUAGCGCUGCUGCAGACGUAAGCACGCAGUCUCUCAGUACGGAAUUGGAGCAUGAUGCGCAGCAGCAGCCAGAUCAAGCUGCUUCAGACACUAAUUUCGUGUUCCAAACUCAUCCACAUCCAGUUCAAGUGCCUUUUACUACCGUACCACCACCGUUAAAUGAUGAUUUCGUUCUGGAUCUAUUGAGCACAACAUUAUCACCACCAGCAAUGGAAGAUGAAGUGGUCACGCUUACCACCACCGGUCUACCAAUGCGCAUUGUGAAUGGUCUCACAGAGCCAAACAGUUCAUCAGAGUCGAAUUCCUUCGAAGAAAUUCCAGUUACACAGAAUCCCAUGCAACUGAAUGAAUGGGAGAAGAAUGCCGCCGAGGAUGAAGAACCAAAAGCGCCAGAAUUACAGGAGCAACAAACGGUCAGGCCGAAACCCAAGCCAUGGCCAGAAAACCAGCGACCACGUCCACAGGUACAAAUGUCCAGACCACAGGCGCAAUCACAGCAAGUGAGGCCACAACAAGUCCAAUCAAUGCAACAGCAGAAGCAGAAGCCACAACAGCAGCAACCACAAGAACACAGCGCUAUCAGCCAUAACCAUAAUCACCUGAUACUCGACGGUGCUGAGUUCACGCACAGCGACAUUACCCACCCCGGUGCAGACGCUGAUCUAAUUGAGGAUGAUUUACAGUUCUCAACGGGCUACGGCCCACAACCGGUUUACAUGGAAGCGCCGGUUAGAGAGCCCUCGCCCAUCAGCUAUAAUCCGCCAUCAACCACCACGAAGACGACACACCAGUCACCAGCGUCACAAGACAAAUACGACUUAAUACAAAGCGUAAAUUAUGACCAGGCCAGCAAAAAGCCGCCCACUUAUGGCGAACCUACAACAGGCACCUCAAUUACCACGCAUGUGGACUCAAUUGAGUCCAUCAUUCUGCAGUUGAAUGGCACAACGAAUCAUGGACCGACAUAUAAUAUCGUAAGCCAGCAGCCGCAACAGACGGCUUCUUAUGGUACGGAUGCGGACUUAUCUGCCAGCAAAUAUGAGCCAACUAAUAGUGGACACUAUGGCACUACAACACCAAGUGUGCCCAACACAACUGGCGGUUUGUAUUAUGGCGCUGCCACUACCCAUUACGAUGACGAAGUAGAGACAAAACGCCCAGAUGACUACUACGCGGAAAAUGAGCAAAACUAUUCGCCGGUGACAGCGCAGGUACCUGCUUACCUGGAGACUGUGAGCACCAACUUGAAUGUAGCGGGAUCCUAUGUGUCGAAACCUGCCACCGCUGCCAAUGGUCCUAGCCCUACUACAGCUCUGAACUAUGGAGACGACGCAACUUCUGUUUUGGAUGAGCACACAAUGCCCGCAAAUAAUUACAAUGAUGCUUUACAGUCGUCUUCUCAUCAAACGCAUGAGUUCAAUAAAAUGCCAGCCAUGGGCAUUGCAUACCCAGUGGAUAUGUCAAACAUUGAGGACGAUAACCAUAGAACACCCGACGUAGGCAGUAAUUAUGGUAAUCAAAAUCAAAUGCAACACUCUCCGCAAUCAGGAUCAAUCGACAAAAUAGAUACGGUAGAAAUACAGGAUUCUAACUACGGACAAGUACCCGUUGUCACUGGCAAACCACAACGUCCUGUAGCCUCGUAUGUCGGCAUGGUGAAUGCUCAGAAUUACAAUGGUGCGAAGUUGCCCACUCUAACCCAAUACACCGAAGUGCCUCAAGAAGUUUCUGUCUCUUCGCAUACGACCAAAAUUCAAGAUGUCCAGACAUCAUCAUCACUGGCUUAUCACACACCACGACCCGACACGCUAACGACAAUCCAAUACUUCGAUCAAACCGCGCUGACGCAGCGUCCAACAAUUAGUAAAACAUCAACCAUGGCAUAUCUUACACCAACUACAACUCCAGCGCCACCACGCCCACAAUAUGGCGGCUCCUCCACGCACUCGACUACAGUACGUCCAAUAUCGGGUAUCAUUACUUCAAGUGGUACCCAGCCGCGGCCAAGACCACGCCCCAAACCCAACACAUCCCGUCCGAAUACCAAAAAGACGAAGCCAACUGCAGCCAAAAAGCCAACAACCGCAAGGCCAGUGAGUAAUUACAAUCAAGCGCCGCCCCAGCCAGCCAACAAUUACGAACAGACGCAAGGACAAAUUAAAAAGCCAGCCGCACAGCUGACAAAUGACUACCAGGAGCCAAAUUACAGCAAUAAGAAACCAGCACAACAGCCUGCAAAUACGUACAAUGGCAAUGGCGCAAAUGCGAGUCCCAAUGUCAAGCAGCCAACGCAAGUUUCAUACACGCAAUCGCAGUCGCAAGCGCAAAAGAAACCUUCCAAGCAGCCCACUAAGCAGUCCGUAAAGCCACCGGUCAAACAACCAGCCAGCACGUACCAGCACAACAAACCCACCUAUGUUAAGCGCCCGACUGUACAGCAGCAGCCCAGCAGCAACUACAAUGCCGAACCAGCUACGAAUACGUUCAAUGCGGAACCCGUAUAUCAAAGACCUGAACAGCAGCCCACAUAUAACGCGGAGCCUGCGACCAGAAAACCUGUCAGUCACCUGACAAACUCAUACAACGACGAGCAUCAAACAAAUACCUACACUUCUACUUUGGCAACACGGAAGCCAGUAACGGAUACGUACCAAGUUCAGGCAGAGGACCACAAUUCACCUUCUGUGACAAGCGACCAAGAUACCAAACUGCCUGCCGACUUGUACGGUCAAGACACCAAGCUCACGUCCGAUGAUUAUGGUCAAGACUACGACAAGCCCGAUCCCGCCUACGAUGAGCACCUCAAAGCACCGCAAUCCACAUUCGAUUCCGAUGCUUAUUAUCCUGCGCCACAACCCUCUUUGAACUCGAACUACGAUGAACAGAGCGCGGCCACCAACCGACCCACGAUCAUACGCAAACCAAGCGGUGAAAAUCCAGCAUCAAACACUUACAACGCAGUACCCACCACAUCUCGUCCGUCCACCACACUUAUCUACCACGAUUCUGAAGUGCCUCCACUUGUUGUAGCCGAUGAUAAAUUGGACUACGAAAUUGACACUAAACCGCAAUAUGCAGAGCGUCCUCAAUACACAUACGUACACAAAAAGCCAGGUUUCGUUAAAGUAACAUCAAAGCCCAUAACCACCACAAACGGCGUGGUGACACCUAGGCCGACGCUCUUCACUCUGGUCACAAACACCGACUGGCCGCAAAGACCUAGCGUGAAUUACAAUGACAAUGCCUUCCCGCAAACGACGCCGCUGCCUGCUUUCAGCAGCACCUCCUACAUAUACAGUCCGGUGGUGACGCGUCGUCCCGAAUUGGCAAUAAAUACGCCCGAAUAUGUCAGCUUGUCCGGAGUCACAACCAAUGACUUCGACGAUCCAGGUUACUAUGGCGCACAGCACAUCGGACAAAAUGCGCAGAGUGGCGUACAUCCUGCCUUCACACAAUCGGUUGCAGAUACAGAAUAUGGUGUGCCCUCCGAUGACCGUCCCGCUUUUCCAGGCUACUACGGACCCACACCAACCUAUCCGCCAUUCCCGAUACCAGGUGAAAAAUUCGGCGCACCCGUGGAAGAAGAGACCUACACUUCGCCAAAUGACAAUGUCAACUUCCCACCUGUACGCAAUCCCAACUUGAAUAUGUCUGCAACAUCUAGCGCGGUCACCACCGACCUAGAACUGUCCACACCCGCAUUCGUCGAGGAUGGGGUAUUAAAGGACAAAAUGAAUACGCUGGUACACAAGAUCGUCGAAUCACUGCAAGGCAACUUUGACGCGCUGGCAGAUAUGAUCGACGAUGUGAACAAUACAGCAGCCGCAGCGCCGGUGUCGACCUAUCAAGCCGCCGGUGCUGGCGCAGGGAGCUCGGCCACAACGCGCAAACCCACAAGAAAACCGACGCGCACAGCUACAUCGAAGCCGACCACAAGGCGACCGGCAACACGUGUGACCACCAGACAACCAACUCGUAGGCCAGCUGCAUCAACACAACGUCCACUGACGCGUCGCACCACAACUACACGCAGGCCAACGACACGGAAGCCAACGCGUCGCGUCACCACAACGACCAGCACACGAGCGCCGCCGGCAGAGGAUGAGUUGAUCGACGAAGAGGAUGAGGAGGAUGUUAAUCAAGCAGACAAUGAGAUCGGCGGUGAGCAGGAUGAAGCUUACACUGGCGCUGGUGGACGCAAAUUUAAAUGCGGCGUACGGCCACACAUCAAAUCUGGCAGAAUUGUAGGCGGCAAAGGUUCCACAUUCGGCGCUUACCCUUGGCAAGUGCUCGUACGUGAAUCCACAUGGCUGGGACUUUUUACAAAGAACAAAUGCGGCGGUGUAUUGAUAACGAAUCGUUAUGUCAUCACAGCGGCGCAUUGUCAGCCAGGCUUUCUGGCCUCGUUAGUCGCUGUUAUGGGUGAGUUCGAUAUCUCAGGCGAUUUGGAGAGUAAACGCCCUGUUACGAAGAAUGUUAAACGUGUCAUUGUACACCGUCAGUAUGAUCCUGCGACGUUCGAAAAUGAUCUGGCGCUAUUGGAGCUCGAGAGUACGGUGCAAUUUGACACACACAUAGUGCCAAUUUGUAUGCCCAACGACCAUGCAGACUUCACCGGUCGCAUGGCGACGGUCACCGGCUGGGGGCGUCUGAAGUACGGCGGCGGUGUGCCAUCUGUGUUGCAGGAAGUUCAGGUGCCAAUUAUUGAGAACAGCGUAUGUCAGGAGAUGUUCCACACGGCGGGGCACAAUAAAAAAAUUUUGGGUUCUUUCCUCUGUGCCGGCUAUGCCAAUGGGCAAAAGGACUCAUGUGAGGGUGACAGCGGUGGUCCAUUGGUGCUGCAACGUCCCGAUGGUCGUUACGAGUUGGCUGGCACUGUGUCGCACGGCAUUAAAUGUGCGGCGCCCUACCUGCCGGGUGUGUACAUGCGUACAACAUUCUACAAGCCUUGGCUGCGAAGCAUAACGGGGGUGAAAUAGGAGAAGAGCAACAGUCAAAAACUGGCGAAAUACACAAACAAACAAAAAUGCAUAAAACAACGUAACGCAGCGCAAUAGCAAUACCAACAAUGUCAUUAUACAUAUUAAAUAUAUACAUACAUAUAUAUAUAUAUAUACACAUCGAAUAGAUAUAGAUACAUUUAGUUAGGUAUUUACAAAGAUUAAACUUACAGUUAGCAAAAAUAUUAUUAUUAAAAUUGUAAAAACAAAACGAAAUUAACGAAAAUGUAAAAAGCAAAAGCAAGGCAAUUUAAGUGCAAAAUGAGAUUAGAAAAUCAACGAAAUAUGCGCUGAAAUAAUGUCUUUGUGCGUUCAAAACACAGACGCAAAUUUGAAAAAAAAAAAUUGCGUGGAAAUUGAGUGACUUUCAUUAAAGCGAGAAAAAAUUGGGGAGAGUUUUGUUAAGUCGCACGCAAAGCUCAUAGCCCUACUACAUAUUUAUCUUUAUUCAGAAGCAAAAUUUAGGCAGCCACUGUGCUCAGCAAACUUCGUAAAUAUUAUGAUUAUUUUUUCACAUUCUUCCGCUUGGCAAUAUUUUAUCAUAAAUAUUUAUCGAGCGUAUUAAUCAUAGUGACAGCAAACAAGUGACUAAAAAUACUGGUGAGCUUUUGACAAGUCACAGCGCCCGAAGGUAUGCAAAGAAUUUGUGUGUGUCUUGAAUGUGCAGGUGUUUCGAAAUGCGACUACUUUUAGCCUUCAAGUAGUUCUACACCGACGGAUAACUCUUUCACUGCCACAGUGAAUUCAUUUUUUUUUCUCCUUCUCUUUUUAAGCAUACUUUUCGGCGCAUAUGCUAUGA